UCUCAAAUGACCACACUAUUGUAUACACACACUCGCAGUAGUGACACGUUAACCGCACUUAUAUUACAUUUAACUUCUUAUCUUAAAGCCUGCGUAAAAAAAUAGUGCUCGUGCAAAACCACUAAAAAGUUUGCACUACAAAAAAUAAAUUUUGCAACUGGCUGUAUAAUUUAUACCUUUAGCACGUUUGAAAUUCAGAAUUCAAAUUCGUUUGACGUUUUGGUAAAAGUAAUUUUGGCGGGAUGUGGCUGUAAUUGAUUUCGUUACGUUUAAAAGUGAAUUACUAGAUUGUAUUUAAUACAUUGUCUUCAGUAUUAAGUACAAAUAAUUAAGUCAUAUUUAGAUAGGUAAUUUUCUUUUGGAGUAAAGAAAAGUCUGUUGAGAAAAUGUUUCAAAUACUUUUGUUGUUGUUUGUGUUCGUCGGGAGAUCUGCAGCAGUCAUCUAUAAAUUAAAUGUGAGCGAAUACAACAAAAUGCCGGCACUAUACGACAUGGAUGACUAUGAGGCAUGCAUGGCGGAGGCGGGAGGCAUGUAUUGUGUUGUAGAUGUCAACCUACAAGAGGGAACCAAUCCUGAACUCAUGGAUAUGAUACAGGGUUAUUCAGAGCACAAAAUGAAACACUUCAACCACACACAAAUUCAUCGAGCAGUAUGUGUAACAAAAACAUGCAAAGAUUUCUUAAGAUCUCCCGAUACAAAUUCAACGUGGGACCUAAGACAGACCCUUGAGGAAUGCCUCAAUAAUUCAUUAUAUUCUCAAUACAGACUUGAAGGGAAACUUGAUAGUAUACAGUAUUGUAAAAGAGAAGGAGAAAGAGAGAAUAUAGAUUAUAGUGAUGUAAUCAUGGCUGUGGUUUAUAUAGUUUUAAUUAUGCUUAACGUUGUCGGAAGCCUGUACGAUGUCUUAUUGUGCAAGGAGGAGAAAACAGGGAAUCCAUAUUUACUAGCAUUUUCACUGCGAAGAAAUUGGAGUAGACUAAUAGCGCCAAAUAACAGUGGGCAGGAGCCACGCUUGGAAAGACUGAAACAAUUCCAUGGGUUAAGGACAAUGACGAUGUUUUGUGUGUUCUUUUCACACACAACGCUUAUCAUGUCAUUCUCCUACGUGGAUAAUCCGCUGUACAUCGAAACGUCGUACGAGGAUCCUCUGAAGCAGAUCCUGUUCAACGGCAGCCUGGUGACGCACACGUUCUUCGUCAUGUCCAGCUUCCUCCUCGCCUACAACUUUCAACUGUACGCGGAGAAGCAUCCUGUUAGCUGGUGGCAGUUCCCUAAGGGCAUACUGCUGAGAUGGCUCAGACUAACCCCAACCUACGCGUUAGUAAUGUUCUCGAUAGCGACAUGGAUGCGGCACGGGUACCAGGGCCCGCUGUGGCAGCUGGUGGUGACGAGCGAGGCCAACGCCUGUCGUCAGUACUGGUGGGCGCAGCUGCUAUAUGUCAACAACUACGUGUAUGACGACGCCUUCUGCAUGCCGCAGACCUGGUACCUAGCAGCAGACACACAACUCUUCAUCAUGGGUCUACUAGUAUGUGUGGUGGCUCGUACAUGUAAGACUCGAGCUAUCCUGCUGACGUCACUGUUCGUGUUAGCACUGGCGCUGGUGGCAGGACAUACUUACUUCCAGGACCUGGAGGCUGUGGUUAUACAGUCGCCUGAAUCGUACCGCAACCUGUACGCAUCAGACUUAACGUUCCGGCUGCUGUACAUCCGCGGCCACACCAACAUGUCCACCUACCUGCUGGGGCUGGCGGGGGGCUUCCUCGCAUACCACUGUCAGACCAACAACAUUGAUAUGGACAAAUAUAAGAAGUACCGUUGGGCCAUGUGGCUGGUCUUCCCUCUCGGCGUCGCGGUCAUACUCUCAGGCGGGCUGUUCUACUUGGACAGCGGCCGCGCUGCCGCGCUGUACCGCGUCAUGUACGCCACCGCGUAUAAACCUGUGUUCCAGCUGCUGGUUGUGAGUCUUAUAUUGGGCUGCAUCUUCAAGUUUGAGUCUGUGUACCGAGGUAUUAUAGAGUGGCGAGGCUGGACAUGGACUGGUCGUGUAUCGUACAGUGCCUUCCUACUGCACACGGUGUUCCAGCGCGGCCUGGUCGGUGCCCAGGCGCAGCCCAUACACAUGUCCGACUACUGCGUGAUGACAGUGCUGGCGGGCACGAUCUUCCUGACGUACCUGUGCGCGUGCGCGCUGUGGCUCGGCGCGGAGGCGCCCGCCGCCGCGCUCGCGCGGACCCUACUCUCUGCUCCCAAGAAGGAGAAGGAAGCACAGGAUGUUACUAAAGUCUAAAUAAUAUGUCGAUAAAUAAAGUGUUUGAAAUC